UUUAUUCUUUUGGGGCGAGGCUCAGUUUACGACGGCUCUUUUUGACUCCAUCAUUUUUUCUUUUUAACUUAAUUAUUUCUCUCAAAACUUAACUUAAACAGUCCACAUCUGCUGCUGACGCUCAUUAUCAUUGUUAUUAGUCGAAGUUGUGUUUUUGGUCUCGGUAUUUUUCGCUUUAGGAUCAUGUUUGUUUUCCAGCCAUUUUUCAUUGGCCUCCUCGUCCUUUUUACGUCGCAAUUUGGCUUAGCUGAUCCGAUAUACAGAGCAUUUGGUGGCUCAGUUGUCCUGGAUCCAGGUCAUAAGCCUGGUUCCAUCACUAGCAUAACCUGGAAGCACCAAGAGGACCUGGCCUUGGAUUGGACCGGAGAGGAAAUUGCUUACUACAGAACCUUUCAAGGACGAUGUGAUUUGGACAAAACAACUGGACGUUUCACCAUCAAAAAUCUGACUCUAGAGGACAGCGGUGUAUACACACCUGAGAUUAACAACGUGGUUGGUACCACGAUGGAACUCAAAGUUAUCAGACGGGUCCCAAAACCCAGAAUAUCCAUGGAGUGCAAAGAGGAGGAGAAACUUUGUGAUCUCACCUGUGAAGCCAGCAUCUCCUCUGAGUUUGGACUUGUCACAUAUAAAUGGAAAACAGGAGACACAGUGUUGUCCGACAAGAAGACGCUGACCAUAACAAAGAAAAACGAGAGCUCCUUCAUCUGUGUGCUGACAAACCUUGUUAGCAGCUCGGACAGUGACGAGUUCUCUAUCCCUAAUAGCGAUGGGAAUAAUAUUGCAAAAGUGGUUGCAGCAGUGGUGCUGGGUGUCCUCUUGAUUGGGGGUAUUAUUGUCUAUGUGAUGUACAGAAAAGUUCCCAGAGUGAGGGCAAUGUGGCCUUUUAGUUAUUGUUCACAGAAUCAAGAUAACGCUGAAGAAGAUCCAGAAAAUGCUGCACCUGAAGAAGGGCAAAUUAUGCUAUCAGUUCCUGAAACCCCAGCUGCGAAUAAUUCAAAGGAGGAAGGAGGACUCAAUGGAUAUUAGCCUGUUAAGAGACUCUAAAAGUCAACAGAGACUUCACCACCGAAGCCAAGUGAAGAAACGGCUGACAGAUUCUGCAGAAACGCUGUGAGCUGGUCCUCUGGGAAGAUGUGACGCUGCUUAAGGCUGCUUGACUUGUAUUUAUUGAACAAGAUAAUAUUUCAAAUGUUGAAAAUAUUAGCUUCACAGACGUGAGAGCAACAGGAUUCAGCUGGUGGAUAGUAUGUCUGAGAUUUGGAGGGACGAACUUGGAAGGGAACAAAGGCUGCCUGACUUAUGAAUUUUUAUUUUUAUUUUUUUAUCUCUUCCAGAUUUUGACCAUUUUAGACCAUGAGUUUGAUAAAUGAGUGUUUCUUCUCCAAGCUUUAACUUUUCUUGAGGUUUUUAUUGUUUGGCACAUUUAUCUGUUUAAUUGUCUUUGUUGCUUAUUUUUCCUCAUUUUCAUUUCAAAACACUGAGAUCAACUUCUAGUUUGGAUAUUGAUGACGAAUCGAAGCAUUGACCAGUUUGAGGAUCUAGUUCCUAAUGUGGUGCUGCUGGAUUGGAUUUUAGUUCUUUUUAGUUUAGCUUAGCUUUUUUACUUUAGAUUUGUAAAUGAUGGGAAAUGACCUGAGAAACACUUGAAUUCCUACAUAAAUGUGUUUGAGGCUUUUGAUGGAGUUUUACUCUAGUUAUUCAUCAGAGCCAUCAUAAACAAUAAAUGAAGAUACUAAAGAGACAAUCAAACAUGCUUUAAAACUACAUGUAAAGAUUUUUACAUGUAAAUGUAUUUAUAAACAUCUUUUGUUAGCAUGUUUUUUGCAGUGUGGGAGCUGAAUUCACUGUAUUACCACUAGAAGGCAGCACUCCACUUGUUACAAUCAAAAUCUGUUUUUAGUAGGAAAAAAUGUGUUAGAAUAAAAUAAAAGCUCUUACUGUAAAUAUAUUUUACACUCAUGGAUGUACAGUUUGGUUAAAUAAAAUUAUUUAUUUACCACCAAAAUACUUUUUCUUCUAGAUGAUAAUCUUGUGACUUUUAAAUGAGUCACAAUGACAAGACAGGUGUUUGUUAUACCUGGUGAAGCAGGAAUAUGUUACCUUUUCUUGUAAUACAUGUUGUCUCUUGAAUGAAUCGAGACAGACUGACUCAUUUCUGCUCAUUUUUCUGUCAUAUUCUGAGCAACAAUAUUCAAGGCACACAUCAUCCUGACCCGAGGAUCACCAUAAUUUACAAAACACAGAAUAGUUUAAAACAAUUAUUUUAUAGUAAUAGUUUACUAUAUAUUACUGUAGAGCUGUUGCCUUGCAGCAAGAAGGUCCUGGGUUCAAUUCCCGGCCCGGGAUCUUUCUGCAUGGAGUUUGCAUGUUCUCCCUGUGCAUGGUGGGUUCUCUCCGGGUUCUCUGGCUUCCUCCCACAGUCCAAAAACAUGACUGUCAGGUUAAUUGGGCUCUAAAGUCUCCCUAGGUGUGAGUGUGUGAAUGUUUGUGUGUCCUGUGUGUCUUUGUGUUGCCCUGCGACAGACUGGUGACCUGUCCAGGGUGACCCCUCUGGAACGUAGCUGGAGAGGAACCAGCAACCCUCCUGAUCCCAUUAGGGACAAAGGGUGACCAGAAAAUGGAUGGAUGGAUAUUCAGUACUUAAAAAUUAAAUGGUCAUCAAGUGUAUUUUCAUGUGAAAAUGAAUAAAAGGUUAUAAAAGUGUAAAAGUUCCAGAAAUUAUUUAAAACAUUACAGUGUGUAGUUUAAAAAUGCUCAUUAUAACUUUUUUAUUAGACAUUUUAGUUCUCAUUUUUCAAACUGGUCUUGUCAUUUCUUAUUGUUUUUUAGUAAUUGUAUCUUGUUUUUGUAAACGUUUGACUUCAAAGAAAGUAAAUGUAUCUCUAAUUUCUCGAGCGCUAAUCCAAGACUGUCCCUUUAAGAGUGUCUUUUAGUUGAGUUUGAUCAGUCUUCUAAAGACUAACACACGUUUUUACACAAAUUUUAUGGAUAGUUUGCAAACAUUGCAAAGUUUUUCUUCUGCUUUAGUAAUUUAGAUUACAAAAAAAACCUUUUUUGAUCAACGUUUUUCUUAAUUAGAAAAACUUUUAAUUUGAAAACCUCCACAGGAAGUGUAGCGUUCAGAGCGGCGUGUCUCCUGCUCAGCGCUGUGCGUAAAGGCGCACAGACCCUGCGCUGGUCAGCAGGAGGAUUUUCUGCUGUUUAUUUCUUUGCUUCCUGCGGCUGAGAUGAGAAGUGACCCUCCAAACAUCUAGGAGGAUUUUAUUUGGGGGGUUUUCUGUGUCAGAAUCGUGAAGGAAUCAGGAUGCCUGGACGCCGCAGGUGGUUGAUUAGGAGCUGGCAGACCUGCAUCUGUGUGCUGCUGCUGCUGGUCGCACAGAUCAAAUCUCAGCACAGGG